CUUCCUUUCCUCCAAAAACUCCAACCUUUUUCUUUUUCAGAUCCUCUCUCUCUCUCUCUCUCUCUCUCUCUCUUCUGGGUCUGUAUUGGAAUGAUAAAGGCUCUGCAAAAGUGAACUCAUACACACAUUUGUGGUGUUGGGUGCUUCUCAAUUCUUUCUGUUUCAGCUCCACAAAAUAGGUUUCUAAUCGAGCUCCGGCAUACCUCGGGUAUUAUCCUGUGUCCCGGAUUAUCUCACUAAUUGACAAUGGGAGGUGUAUUGGGCAAGGGUGAUUCACCCAAGUGUUGUAUUAUAGAAACAAAGCUUGAGACCAAAAUGGUUGAAGCUAUGCAGCGAAGGGCAUCUGAAGGAAGUUCCAUGAAAUCAUUUAACAGAAUAAUCUUGAAAUUCCCCAAAAUCGACGAGAGCUUAAGAAAGUGCAAAGAUAUCUUCCAGCAAUUUGAUGAGGAUGCGAACGGUGCAAUAGAUCCACAAGAACUGAGGCGUUGUUUCCAUAAACUAGAGAUUAAUUUUACAGAGGAAGAAAUAAAUGAUCUCUUUGAGGCAUGCGAUAUCAAUGAUCAUAUGGGAAUGAAGUUCAAUGAGUUUAUUGUGCUUCUCUGCCUCGUGUAUCUUCUGAAGGAGGAUCCCACUGCCCUUCAAACUAAAUCACGGAUGGGGAUGCCAAACCUAGAGGCCACAUUUGAAAUGUUGGUUGACGCGUUUGUGUUCUUGGACAAGAACAAGGAUGGUUAUGUAAGCAAGAGUGAGAUGAUUCAGGCAAUAAAUGAUACCACUUCGGGAGAACUGUCCUCUGGUCGAAUAGCCCUGAAAAGAUUUGAGGAGAUGGACUGGGAUAAAAAUGGAAUGGUGAACUUCAAGGAAUUUCUUUUUGCUUUCACUCGUUGGGUUGGAAUCGAUGACAAUGAGGAUGAUGAACAAGAAGACAAUGCCUGAAUCCCAAAUUUCAAGCAUCUUAUUCCAUGGUUCCCCCCUAUGUUUGUAAUGUAAAUAAACCUGUUGCAUUUGUUUUCAGUGUCAUAAAGAACUACUUGAUGUUUGAAAAAUAUUUUGUGCUCAAUUGAAUGCUAUUAUGCUCCUUGCUGUUAAAUCA